UUCCCCAGGCGCUCUUCUUCUGUCCUCCCUUCCACUGUCCACAACUGGUGUGAUUUGGGCAGGAAAGAAGUGGUUGAUGAGGAUGCGGCAGGUUGCUGCUUGCUCUUCCUCUGAUGGACGGGCACGGGACAGGGGUUCGCCGGCGACGGUGGACAAACUAGCUAUGCACCAAGCAACCGGAGGCGGAGCAAGUGGCGGCUCGGUCGUCGUGCCGGCGGCAGGCACCUGGCGAGCCGUAAAGAUGGACAUGCGCGUGCUCCAGUGCCCCCUCUGCACCCUCCCCCUCAAGCCGCCCGUCUUGCAGUGCAAGGGCGGGCACGUGGCCUGCGGCGGCUGCCUGGCCGAGCCGUGCCGGAGGUGCGAGCACGGCGGCGGCUUCGAUGUCCGCAGCACGGCGAUGGACGCCGUCGUCUCCGCGGCCAGGGUCCAGUGCCCCCACGACGGCUGUCUGACCUACGUCGCGUACCACGAGCUCGGCGACCACCGGAGCGCGUGCGGGCACGCGCCCUGCUCCUGCCCGGAGCUCGGCUGCAGCUUCACCGCCCCGCCGCGGGUGCUCCUCGUCCAUCUCUUCGUCCGGCACUCAAUGCCGGCGCACAAAUUCCAGUACGGCGAGGACUUCCGGCUCCUGGUGCCGGCGUCGGAGCCGUCACGGCGGCUGCUCAUCGGCGGAGACGACGGCCGCGCGUUCCUCGUCUCCGCGGGCGCGCUGGCCGCGGCCACCGCGGUGUCGGUCGUGUGCGUCCGUGCCAGCGCCGUCCUGCGGCCGCAGUACUUGUGCAAGAUGUGGUCGAUCAUGCCGCCCAGCCAGGACCUCGUCGUGGUGAAAACCAAGGUGACGAGCAGCACAUCGCCCGGCGCGGUGGCCGCCGCGUCCUUCUUGACGGUGCCGCCGAGGUAUUAUCGGGUUGGGGCUGCUGGGGUUUCCAACUCCAAGCUAGUGCCUCUCAAUGUCCGCAUUGACAAGAUUUAACGCUCUUCGCUCGAUCCAAAUCCAAAUCUAAUGAUGGAAGAUGUAGGUUUAGUGUUCGAACAAAUGACUAGUAUUUUGGUGAUCAAAAGUAGUAGUAGUAUAUUUUGGUGAUCGGAACUACUCUACACACGACAGUUUAGAGACGAUUUUUAUUUGUAGCAUAAUGCGAUCUAAUGGA